GGAUCCGCUGCGUCGAUGCUCCCAUCGAUGUCUUCUGAAGACAUUAAACUAUACCAGCAUAACUAUGUCCGGAACUCCAAUGCCAUCGGACUCCUGUGGGCCAUCUUCACCAUCCUGUUUGCCAUCUUGAACGUGGUGAUCUUCAGCCAGCCCUAUUGGAUCGGGGACGGCGUGGACACCCCACAGGCCGGCUAUUUCGGCCUCUUCCACUUCUGCACCGGCGAUGGGAUCCAGAGGGAGCUCGACUGCACAGGGACCUUCACCGAGUUCGCUCAGAUCCCUUCCACCGCGUUCAAGGCCGCGUCGUUCUUCGUCGGGAUGUCAAUGAUGCUGGUGAUAGCUUGCAUUGCUUCUUUCACUCUCUUCUUCCUGUUCUCCACCACCACCGUCUAUAAGAUCUGCGGCUGGAUGCAGGGGGCCUCGGGUGUGUGUCUGGUGAUGGGCUGUAUAAUCUACCCUGAUGGCUGGGACAGUGAUGAGGUGCGGAGGAUGUGCGGUGAGCAGACAGACAAGUACUCCCUGGGAGCAUGCUCCAUGCGUUGGGCUUACAUCCUGGCUAUCAUGGGGGUCCUGAAUGCCCUCAUGCUCUCCUUCCUGGCCUUCGUACUGGGCAACAGGCAGGACGGACUCAUGACCGAGGAACUGCUGGCCGAGAGCAAGGGUAAUACUGGAGAAUAG